AUGUCAAGUCAAGCGCCUUCAAGCUAUCAAUCGCACAAUGGCCCCGAUUACCGCCAUUCGAGCGGAGAUACCAUCACCGUCGCGCCUAUGCACGCGGACACUCUCGACUUGGAGCAAUUCAUGAUGGAGAAUAGCCCGCAGGCGCAAAACACCUCGGUUGUCCACAAUACCCCACCACAAAUCGACUCGUUGAGCAACUCGCAGUUUGCAGACUUCAAUUUUCCUUACCAAGGGAUCCCAGAACAUGGACUGCAUGUGGACACUCAACUUGACAAUCCCUCCGCGCCGUACAACCUCUCUGCGCACCUAUCCGACCAUCGAAAUUCGAUCGGUUCGCUGCCGCCCGACCACCGGAACUCCAUAACUUCAAUGCCAGCUGUGCAUAGGGGAAGCUUCAGCGGUGGCACGGUGGGACAAGGGAAUACAAGCGUUAGCGGUGGAUCUGACGAAGCCAGCCCUACAAGCAAUCGUGCAAAUGGAAGCCUCGACAAAGGCUACAACGACGAGUUCGGAUUGAAUAACGGAGGUGCUGUAGAUGGCAGUGACCUGGGGACUCGAACGAAAGAGGAGAAAAAUGAUCCUACCCCACCAUGGAGCGAGUUGAAAACCAAAGCAGGCAAGGAGCGAAAAAGACUUCCCUUAGCAUGUAUAGCUUGUCGGAGAAAAAAGAUACGUUGUUCUGGCGAGAAACCAGCUUGCAAGCAUUGUCUAAGAUCACGGAUACCGUGUGUUUAUAAGGUUACUACCCGGAAAGCCGCACCUCGGACGGAUUACAUGGCAAUGCUUGACAAACGCCUGAAAAGAAUGGAGGAACGCAUUAUUAAAAUUGUACCAAAGGAGGAGCAGGACAGUUCUGCGCCUUCAGUCGUGAGGGCAAGUGUUAAACCCACGAUUCCUGGCACUGCACCCCUAAAAGCUGGUUCAAAAAAGCGACCUGCCGACGAAGCUUUUGGCGCGGAGCUGGAGAACUGGUCGAAGACUGCAGCAGCUACGCAAUUAGAUUCUACCAAACCUACCUCACUCAUGAUCCAGGAAGCCGAGGAAAGCAAACUUCUUUCCGAAGGUGCAGAUGCCUUACCGUCCAAGGAUAUUCAAGAACAUCUAGCGGAAGUUUUCUUCGAAAAUCUUUACGGGCAAGCAUACUAUGUCCUUCACAAACCGAGCUUCAUGCGCAAAUUAAAAAGCGGUACCGUUCCCCCGGUUCUGAUUCUAGCUGUAUGUGCGGUCUCUGCUAGGUUCUCGACUCAUCCAAAGCUCAACACAUCACCGAACUUCUUAAGAGGGGAAGAAUGGGCGUCUGAAGCUAGAGAUAUAGUCAUGAGGCGUUAUGAGUGGCCGAACAUAACUAUUUUGACUUGUCUACUGAUACUCGGUCUGCACGAAUUCGGGACUUGUCAGGGAGGAAGAAGCUGGUCACUUGGUGGUAUGGCAAUUCGGAUGGCUUAUGCUUUACAGCUACAUCGAGAUCUCGAUUACGAUCCUUUGAAACGGAACGGUACGGCCGAGCUGAGCUUCAUUGACCGAGAGAUACGGCGGAGGACAAUGUGGGCUUGUUUUCUCAUGGAUCGAUUCAAUUCAUCUGGGACAGACAGGCCUACUUUUAUCAAAGAGGAUACGAUUAAGGUGCAAUUACCAAUUAAGGAGAAGCUUUUCCAACUCGAUAUGCCUGGUCCGACGGAAGACUUGAAGGGAAACGUUCCACACCCUGUCUCGCCCGGCCAAGGACAACUUUCAGACCCAAGAGAGAAUAUGGGCGUGGCAGCAUAUAUGACUCGCUCCAUUGCUCUAUGGGGUCGUAUCAUCAAUUACUUGAACUUGGGUGGAAAUGAUCAAGAUCCACAUCCAAUGUGGCACCGCGAAUCGACCUAUACCGAAUUAUUGAAAGAGUGUGAAGGCUUCAGCUCCACAUUGCCUGAAUCUCUCGUAUACACGACGGAGAAUCUACAUGCUCAUGGAACUGAAGCCUUGGCGAACCAGUACUUAUUUCUCCAUAUCACUUUGGCACAGUGUAUGCUGUUUAUGAAUCGAUUUGCGGUUCCAGGUCAUUCCGGAGGUCGUGCACCUAAAGAUGUGCCUAAAGAAUUUGUGACGAAAGCAGGAGCAAAAGCAUUCGAGGCUGCGAAUCGAAUAUCCGAGCUAUUGAAAGACGCCGAGUCUUAUUUUGUUACCGCUCCCUUUACUGGUUAUUGCGCCUUUUUGUCAAGCACUGUCCAUAUAUUUGGCGUAUUUUCCAAAAAUCCUGCUAUGGAAACAGUAUCGAAGCGCAAUCUAGCAACGAACGUCAAAUAUCUAUCGAAGAUGAAGAAAUACUGGGGGAUGUUCCAUUUCAUGUCCGAGAACUUGAAAGAACAGUUCAGAAUGUGUGCUGAUGCAGCUAGACAAGGCUCAUCUGCAAACAAUGCCCAGUCUUCAACCAUAUUUCAGUAUGGAGAUUGGUUUGAUCGGUACCCUCAUGGUGUCUCUCACUCCGAUUUUGAGGACCCAGUAGCGGGAACGAAGAAAGAAAGAGGAGAUGAUGCAGUCUUGGAGCAAAAAUCCGAUUAUCAUACCGUGGAGGAGUUUUUCCAUACCCUUUCUCCAUUGCAGCCACAAGACCGUGAGUCGGCUAAGCAACCCAAACGAAGGGCAAAGAAAUCACAUACAGGUCGUCCAGAUCCGCAUUUACAACAACAGCAGCAGCAGCAACAACAACACCACCAACAUCGUCGGAGCCUUGACCGUGUAAAUACAAACAUUCAAAACAUGAGCCCGACCGCUGCUAUGCAUAUGCAGAAUAACCCUCAGAUGGCGCAGAACUACAAUCAUAUGAGUCCGACAUCGCCUGUGAAUAUGUACAAUCAAGGACAAUAUUAUGGUCACGAUGUUAUGCUGCCUCCACACCAACAAGGAAUCUUGCCACAAUUGGAUAGACAACUUGUCUUUGGCGCAUAUGGCGGAAUGGAUCCUUCUCUCGGUUCACAUAACUUACUUGACGGCACCAAUUGGGAUAUGCAGAUGGGUGGAAUGAACGGCUUCGUGACGGAACCGAGUAGCGCCUGGUUUAUGCCAUUCAAUAUGGAACCACCAGAAAUUGGUCAAGACGUGGAUAUCUUCAACGCAGGUCUGGGAGGCAUGCACUUGAAUGGUAAUGGCAAUAUGGGUGGACAUGGUGGUCAUCGUUAG